ACCUUAUUUUAAAAGAUAAAGUAAAAAUAUAAUAAAAUGAUAAAUAUCUCGGACACACUGUAUGUAAAUACAUAAGAUCAGUGCGUAGUCCAUGCGCUCGACCAACGGCAGUCGCAAAUCACUGCAAAUUGCAAAUUACAAAUCUCUUCAGUAGGGAUCUGUACGUCGAAGGAGGAAGGUCGCUAUGAAGUUUAACGCAUUGCUUUUAAUUUUUGUUGCGUUGUGGCAACUAACAGUACAGCACAUUUUUCCAAAUAUACACGAUGGAAAUUUUAAAAGACAGUUUCGUUCACGAAUUGAAUUAGUGAACGCAAAAUACAAAUAUGAAUAUAAAACGAUUGACAUGCCAGUGGAUCAUUUUGACUUUGCUUCAGUAGAUAAGUUUAAGUUAAGAUAUCUUAUGAAUGAUACUUGGGUGAAGACAAAUAAUGCACCAAUUUUUUUUUAUACUGGAAAUGAAGGUGAUAUUGAAGGAUUUGCUCAAAAUUCUGGAUUUAUGUGGGACAUAGCACCAGAAUUUGGAGCUUUAUUAAUUUUUGCUGAACAUCGUUAUUAUGGAGAAUCUAUGCCAUAUGGCAAUAAAUCUUACACAGAUAUUAAGUAUUUAGGAUAUUUAUCAUCAGAACAAGCUCUUGCAGAUUAUGUUGAUCUUAUUCAGUAUUUAAGAUCAGACUCAAAACACAAGCAUAGUCCUGUUAUAGUUUUUGGUGGUUCAUAUGGUGGUAUGCUUAGUGCAUGGAUGCGUAUGAAGUAUCCUCAUAUCGUACAAGGAGCAAUUGCAUGUUCAGCUCCAAUAUUACAGUUUACUACAGAAUGUGAAGUCUUUUCAAGAAUAGUUACAUCUGAUUUUAAAAUGGCUCAUCGUAAUUGUCCAAAACUUAUUCGCAAAUCAUGGAAUGCAAUUAACAAUAUAACAUCAAACGAUGAGGGAAAAAAGUGGUUAUCAGAAAAUUGGAAACUGUGUCAACCAUUAAAAAAUGAAAAUGAUGUUGAAGUAUUCAAAUCUUAUUUAAGUGAUAUAUAUGGAAAUUUUGCAAUGGUAAAUUAUCCAUAUGCAUCUGACUUUCUGGCACCUUUACCACCUUUCCCUAUUAAAGUUGCAUGUGAAUAUUUAACAAAUGAAUCAUUAGUAGGAAAAGAGCUAUUGACAGCACUACAUGAUGCAGUUAAUGUGUUUACUAAUUAUACUGGAGAAACAAAAUGUUUGAACCUAAAUACCUCUACACCACAAUUAAAUGAUCGUGGAUGGCAUUUUCAAGCUUGUACAGAAAUGGUAAUGCCACUAUGUUCAGAUGGAAUCAAUGAUAUGUUUGAACCUACUCCAUGGAAUUUUGAAGAAUAUUCCAAAGAAUGUGAGAAGCUAUUUUCAAUAAAACCACAGCCUAAUAUGGCUUGUAAUCAAUAUGGUUGUGAAGAUUUAUCAACAGCAACAAACAUUGUCUUCAGUAAUGGUUUAUUGGAUCCAUGGUCUAGUGGUGGAGUAUUGCGUAACUUAUCCGAAUCAGCAAUAGCAAUAAUAAUUCCUGAAGGCGCUCACCACCUUGAUUUAAGGGGUAGUCAUACUAAUGAUCCAUUCAGUGUUGUUAUAGCACGAAAUUAUCAUCGCUAUUAUAUAAAUAAAUGGAUCCAAGAAUAUCACGAAAAGAAAGGAAAAAUAAUGAAUUAAUUUUUUUACAUUGUUA